AUGGCUGAUAAUAACGACCCAGAUUAUUCCUUUUGGCAGGAGGAGCAAGAGAAAAGGUUGAAAACAGAAGAUAUUCUAGCACGCAAGGAGCAAGAAAUUCCAAUUGCUGGUGGUCUACGCCAAGGAAUUAUUGUGGAUGCCAUAAACGAACACGGUCGAGUAAUUGAUGAUGCCGGUAUACAAUUCAUAAGUAAUCAAUGUAUCAAGAUGAGGGAGAUGAUUGUGGCAGGACAUCAACAAGCAAUGUCAUACCGAGCUAAAGGUCGAGUGUGGCGGGGAUUACGAAAUCGUUCCGAGCAAUACAUUUUGGAGUUUCGAAGAGCGACGCAGUAUUAUUUCACUACUCAAAAGGAUACUCCGGAUCAGGAUAUGGAUCCGGCGAUAUUCCGAACAGCGGUUGCGGAUUGGCAUGCGGCUAUCACUACGACUUUGAGGGUUCUUCGUGAAGCUUUGGGAGAGGAAGAGAGUCAAAGGGAAGCUGAGGAUGUGGAAUAUGAUUCAGAUACUCGAGAGCCUGUUAUCAAUUUAAGGCGUAAUCAUAGUACACCUCAGCAAUUCAGCCAACUUAUUCAGGAGGUGAUUGAAAUGGUAGAACUCGCCAAAAAUGUGUCAGGGAAUAAUAAUGCGGGCUCUAGUUACGAUCGAAGAGUACAGCAAGAGUACAUAAAAACACAAGAGGCAUUGAAGGAAGUUUCUCAAAGAAUGGAAAAGUUGGAAAGAGAAAGGAGAGAUUUCUUCUUGGCUCGUGGUACUCGGCCACCUGAUCAAGACUGUGCAAGAGAAAAGGCAGAAAUAGAACGAUUGGAUAAAGAAUUGACACAAUGUCGGGCUAAAUUGGAGGAACUUACGAAACAAUGCCGUCAACAGACCGAAUAUAUCGAUGCGGUAGCAAGAGGAUUGAAACCAAGUUCGAAUGAUCCAAGCCCCGGAGUUUUAUUAUCCGAUCAAGCUUUUGAUGAACUAUGCAGACAUUUUGAUAGCUAUCAUGAAAAUGCAGAAGCAUCAGAAGCUAGAAACAAAGAGCUAGAGAAUAGCUUGAGAAAUGUGAUACUUCAUCCAAGCGACAACAAUAAGCAGGAAUUGGACAAGAAGCUCAGGGCUGAAAUAGAGGCUGCAAAUGCUUCUAUAACCACAAAGGAUAAGGUUGUUGCGGAUCUACAGAGAGAAGUAAGAAAGCUAGUAUUACAACGACAAGCAAUAGGGGAGCAAGCUGAAAGAUACGAAUCAGACUUGAAAGCAAUGAAUAUCGAGAAGGAUCGACUCAACGCAGCUUUAAAGGCAGCUGAACUGAAAGCGACCAAGAUAGUAAAGAUCGAAGCCAGCGGAGGUGGUGUUUUUUCGAAUGAAGAAAAGUUAAAUUUGGAACAACAGCUAAAAGAUCUCAUGGAUCAAAACAUGCUUCACGAAAAGAAUAUACACCUUUGUCAAGAGACUAUCAAAGAUCUCCAGGAAGAUAUUGCUACAAGAGACGCGAAGAUUGAAUCCUUGACGGUCAUGAUUAAUUUCGAUGACGAUAUAACCAAAAAUCGACAGGAAAAACAAGAUCUCAGAGAGAAAGUUAUCGCACUCGAGCAUUAUAUCGAUAAUGAGCUAGCCAAACUGUCUAUAGAUAAUUACGUCGAUCCAGAUGACCCCGAUGAUCCACCUGAUCCAGAUAAUCCAAAAGAUCCAAAAGAUAAAGCUGAGAAAGCAGCUCAGAGACAAGAGAUAGCUCGUCUCAAGCUGCAAUUGGAAACAGAGUCUAAGAAUGCCAAAGCCCAAAUUGACAAGCUUGUGAAACAACUGGAGAAAGAUUCCAAGACAGCUAAUCCCGAGGCUGCAAAGUUCAAGAAGCAAUUAGCCGAAGCGAUAAGAGAAAGACACCAAACUUUACUAAAAACUCAAGCUGAACGAGCUGCGGCAAAGAAAGAGACUGAUGAAGCCUUGGCAAGAUGUGAGGUUCGAAGAGUAGCGGCCGAGAGAAAACUUCAUGAUAUGUUAGAAUGGGCUGUGGAUCAACGAGAUGAGGCAAAGAGAGUGAGCGAUGAAGCCUUGGCAAGAUCCGAGGCUCGAGUCGCUGCGAUGAAGAAGCAGCAUGAGGAAAUCAUAGCAAAAUCUGAGGCUCAACGGACUGCGGCAAAGGAAGAAAGUGAUGGAAUCGUUGCAAAUCUACGAAAAACGAUUGCUGAUUUGCGAACGCAAAUCACAAAUUUAAACAGUGUAAACAUUGGACUUAGAACAACCAUGCAAGAACGAAUCGACGCUCUAACAAAGCAGGUCGCAGAACUGCAUGGAAAAAUUCCAGAUGAGGAUGCUGCUAAUGGACCCCUUGCUAAGGCCCUCGACGACCUUGAGAAUAGGGACUUGAAAAUUGCUCUUUUGGAUGAACAAAUUUCUGAUGCGAGCAAAAGACAUGAGCAGCAAAUCAAAGAUAUUCAAGCAAGACUUGACGAAGCUAGAUUAAAUGCUAAUGGGAUCUCACCACAAGGUCUAAGAACAUUGAGAAGGAAUUUAGCCGAUUGUCGAAAAAAUCAUGAUGAUGAUCAAAUCACCAUUAAAAAUCUAGAAGCGGAACUUGAUGCUUGUCAGCGAAGAGGACAACAUCAACUUCGACAACUGCAAGAGUAUGCAGGUCUUCAUCAACACGCUGAUGGAGGAGCUGCUGCUAGAGAAAGAAUAGCCCAGCUUGAAGUUGAGAAUGCUGCAAUCGAAGAAGAGUUGCAAGCUGCAAGAGUCGAAAGAGAACAGAAAGCAGAAGAGGAUCGAAAGAAAGCUGCUGAAGCACAUCAAAAGGAAUUGGAUGAUGCUGCGGCUGAUGUGGAUAUAGAUGUUACAAGUGUUACAUCACAUGAUUCUAAUGAAGAAAUCAACAAGCAACAUAUCGAAAGGCUCAGAAGACAAACGGAAGAUCUCAAGAGGCUCAAGAAUGAGAAUCUUAAUAUGGAAAUCCAACUUAAUGUUUCAAAGAGGACUCUAGCAGCUCUUCAAGAUCAACGUACAGAUCUUCAAAACAAAUUGAGAGAGUGUCGCAAACACAGACAGGAACUUAUUGAUCGACAGAGUGAGGUAGAACCAGGUGCUCCAGAAAUUUUCCAUGAUGAUUCUCAGAGAGUUGCAGAGCUCGAGGCUCGAAUUGCUGAGUUAGAAGCUUUACUAGCAGGGUGUGAGGAAACUGGUGCAACACUUCAAUUACAAAGAGAUGCAGCAAUUGCAGAGAAUGACGCAAAUAAACAAAAGAUGGCUGAUCUUCAAACUGCUCACGAUAUAAUGGCUGGUGAGGGGCCUAAACUUGGAUUGAAACGUAUCAAGACAAGAAUUGCUCUUCAAGCCCAAGCAACCAAACGUAGAAAUAUUGAAGCAAGAGAAGCACAGCAAGCCGCAGAUGCUCUUGCGAAAGCGCAAGCUGCACAAGCUAAGAAGGAUGAGGAACAAGCUAGGAAGGAUGCCCUUGAACAAGCCAAGAAAGAUCAGGAAGGUAAACCAGAUGACCAUGAUCACAAUAACAAUCAACCACCACCGCCACCACCAGGGGGUGGAGCCGGGGCAAGUGCAGUUCCAGUAAGUGGCGGUAAUAAUGACAAGGAUGAGACGGAAGAGGAGGCAAAGGCGAGAAAGAAAAAGGAAAAGAAAGAAAGGAAGGAAGAGAGAAAAAGGAAGAAGGCGGAAAGCGAUAGGAAGCAUAAGGAAAAGAUGGCAAAGAAGUUCCAUGGCUUGAACCACCCAAUUGAGAAACCCAAAACACCACCUAGCGGCGAAAAAAAGACGCCUACCCCGGCUCCAGCUACAGGUAGAGAAACACGAGCAGACACCAAGUUAACACCUGCACAGAAGAAGAAGAAAGAAGCCGAGCUCAAAAAACUAGCCGAACAGGCUGCGUUGAAUCCUAUACUUGAGGAAGAGGAGGAAGAAGAAUCACCAGGUAGUUCGGACGCUGACUUGAAGCCAGACGACGAUGUCGACCCUUUCAGUGAUUCCGAUAACUAUUAUCAAAUCGGGGGAUAUAGUUCUCAACCACAGAAGUCGAGUUUUGUAAGCAAGAUUGAGCAGGAGGAUGAGGGUGACGAAAUGGAGGAGGAUAAAUUUUGGGAUGACUUUGUGGAUUUGAAGCCGGCUGGAGAUGAAAUGAACACAACUAAAGGAAAGAAGAAUUUGAAGAGGGCUUCACCACUUUCUGGUACACGGUCAGGUAAGGUGAAGAGAGCCAAGAAAUCGAAGGGUUGA